UAAGAUAGAUUGCCAGUGCUCCAGGCCCUGUCUCCAGAGAUUCUCAUUUGAUUUGUCAAAGGACAUUGUUUUUGCAAAAGUUCCCCUUGAGAUACUAAGGAAUAGCCAGGGUUAAGAAGCAUUUCCCUCAAACUUUUCAAACAUUUCACUGUAUUUUCAAAUAAUAUUUGAAAAAUACUGCUAACUGGGUCUGACCCUGGGAUUCUGAUUUAGUUAACCCCAGAAUAAGGCUGAGUAUCAGGAUUUCUAAAAGCUUCCAAGAGAAUCCAAGAGAAUCUAACGUGCAGCCUGGGGUGAGAACCAAUGCCCUAGACCAACUACAUCAUUUCACAGAUGGGAAGUGGAAGCCCAGAGAUGGGAAUGUGUUUGUCCAAGGACACACAGCAAAUGAAUGAAUUCCUCCUCACACACUACAGGGCACAAAGCACCUGACUCCUUUGUCAUCUCUGAUCAUUUCUUCCAUACAAAUGAUCUCAUUUGAACCUUCAUAACUUCUGGUGAAGUAGUGGGCAGUCAUUUCCCCCAUCUUACAGAUGAGGAUAUCAAGGAACAGAACUGUCCAGGUGACUUGCCCAAGGUAAAGGCAAGAACCUAGAAUGCCCAGUUCCUGGUCCAGCACUCUUUUAGCGCCAUCCAUGUGCAGAUUCUAGAAUGAACAGAUCAAUCCUGUGAGGUGGGUUCCAGGUGUAAAAGGGAAGGACUAUGAGGGGACUUCCCUGGUGGCUCAGAGGUUAAAGCGUCUGCCCCCAAUGUGGGAGACCUGGGUUCGAUCCCUGGGUCGGGAAGAUCCCCUGGAGAAGGAAAUGGUAACCCACUCCAGUAUUCUUGCCUGGAGAAUCCCAUGGAUGGAGAAGCCUGGUAGGCUACAGUCCACGGGGUCGUAAAGAGUCGGACAUGACUGAGCGACUUCACUAUACUAUGACUAUGAGGUGACAUUCUAGAAGGGUGGAGAAGGUAGGACAGGAGGCAGAUGACUGUUCCCUCACAAACGGGGGCUUUGGGGCAGCCAUGUCCUAUUUCAUGUCUCCACAGACUCAGCCAGGUCUUCCAUCUUCUGGCCAAGGUGGGGCCGCUUCUCCGGGCUCAUCUCUUGGCCUCUAUAGUCCUAUAGAGCCAGGGGUGGUAGCCUCUGGUGGACAAGGCCCACUGAGCCAGAAAGCUGAGCAGGUGACACCUGUUGCCCAGGCCUGGGGCCCGGCCCCUGGGGGCACUGGCUGGGAGCUACCGAGGCAGGAGUACAACUGGUACUGCCACAAAUUCCCCGCCGCGAGGCAGCCGGAGAACCUGGGCCGGGAGGAUGGCUGCUCCAGAAGCAGAGCCCCCCAGCUGGGUGGCCCCAGCAGGCCUGCGCCCCUGCUGCUGUGUGGGCUGUCACCUGGGGCUCCGCUGAUGCCCGCCGAAGCAGGGGGGAAGGAGGCCACCUCCCAGCCCGACAUCUGCAUCCUGACCUUGGCCAUGAUGAUUGCUGGCAUCCCCACCGUGCCCGUCCCAGGCCUGCGGGAGGAGGACCUGAUCCGGGCGGCUCAAGCUUUCAUGAUGGCCCAUCCGGAGCCGGAGGGGGCUGUGGAGGGGGCCCAGUGGGUGCAGGCGCAGACCCACAUAGCCUCUGGGCCAAUGGCCUUAGCAAGAUCCCGGAGGGGCCAGCCUCCUGGCUCCUACUUGUAGCUGGAUGAAAUAGCACCAGACACAGAGGGUGGCUUCUCUGUAUGGUUUUUGGGCAGGCAGGGUUGGUGGUGCCUAUGGCAGGGACUGGAAUAAGGUGGUGGUCUGAGCCACUCUGACAAAUACUGACCCAUUCAGGGCCCAGACUCCAGGAAGUUCCAAGAAACCAUUAAGCUGGGAGAUGGGUCUUUGAUCAGAGUGGUUACAAUGAGAAUUACUGAGGUAGGCGGCCCUGCUUGGAGAGUGGAGGCUUCUUUUGUACCGUUUUGGUAUUCCCAUCAGAAUUCUUGGGCAAAGCCCUAGGCAACGUGCACUUUUCUCCUGCCUUUUGUUUCUCACUCUGCUGAGGGCAGGUGAUGAGACCACAGGCAAGGAAGGAACAUUAACUCUUAUUUGAGCACCCACUGGGAAUCAGCCCAUCACAUUCCCAUUCUCCUCUCAUCUUACCAGUGCUCUGGGAAAGCUCCAUUUUUACAGGUGAAUGAAUUGUGGCUUAGAGAGGUGACUCGCCUCAAGUCCCAGGACAAGUAAAAGGCAGCACCAGGCCUCAGAAAACAGGGAAGAAACCAGAAUUUGCAACGUAAUGGCAGACUC